GGGGCAUCAGAGAACCUGCGAGUGGCCCGCGCAGAUGUGCUCUUUUGCGAUUCCAGAGCACGGCAAGCGCAGCUCGCGUAUGCGUGCUAAUCGCGCAAGAACUCAGGAAGACCUGAAUCCAAUUCAGCCGGCCUGUGCAAUCAUUCACACGCUGGAUCAGUGACGAUGGCGGUGCAUGUCCUGAUGGCAGUGCUUCGAUUCAGCACAGAACCGCCAAAGAAACUUGAACAAGCGCUAGAUCAGCCUUGUACAUGGAGCCCCGUGCAAUGCACAUGGGGAUUUCGGAAGCAGGCCAGCUUCUUGGAAGCUGCUGAUGAAAUGCUGGGCCAACUCGAGGAGGACUGGUUUCUUGAUCGGCGCAUCUGUAUCGGUGUCAAAGGGAGGAAGUUGAGGAGGAGGAGGAGGAGGCCGCUCUGCAAGCCGCGCGUCCGCUUGCUCACGUAAGGGAACGAAAAACGGCAUUCCCGCCGCGGCCGCGACGCGCCGGCGGUGGCCGGCCUACUCCCUGGCGCUCCGCUCUUCGGCAGCCCGGUGCUCCGCGCUGGCAGCGGGGGGGCGGUGCGGGGCGGGGCAGCGGCGGAGACGGCGCGGCCUCCUCC